UGAAGCCCAAAAACUCGCUAAAAACCGCUGGCUCUCUCACCGUAGGAAGCCCGAUACUAUUUCGUUUUCUCGUUCGAAGCUAUAAACCCUAAACCCCUUCUCUUUCUCUCAGAGCAGAAGGCUGCAAGCUUUUGGAAAAAAUGAAUUUCAACAAUGUCAAAGUUCCUAAGGUGCCAGGUGGUGGUGCAGCCUCCACUUUAAUUAAGAUUGGUCUUGUUGGUGGUAUUGGCCUGUAUGCAGCUGCUAACAGUCUCUACAAUGUUGAUGGAGGGCAUCGAGCCAUUGUGUUCAAUCGUAUUGUUGGUGUCAAAGACAAGGUUUACCCUGAGGGGACACACCUCAUCAUUCCUUGGUUUGAACGCCCAGUCAUUUAUGAUGUUCGAGCACGACCUCAUCUGGUAGAGAGUACUUCUGGGAGUCGUGAUCUCCAAAUGGUUAAGAUUGGGCUUCGGGUUCUUACUCGUCCUGUGGCAGGCCAAUUACCUACAAUUUAUCGAACCCUUGGUGAAAACUACAAUGAAAGAGUUCUGCCAUCGAUCAUUCAUGAAACGCUGAAAGCUGUCGUUGCACAGUAUAAUGCCAGCCAGCUAAUUACGCAGAGAGAGGCUGUUAGCAGAGAAAUACGGAAGAUUUUGACAGAAAGGGCAUCCAAUUUUAACAUUGCACUUGAUGAUGUGUCCAUUACUAGCCUGACUUUUGGGAAAGAAUUUACCGCUGCAAUUGAAGCCAAACAGGUAGCUGCACAAGAAGCUGAAAGGGCUAAAUUUAUUGUGGAAAAAGCUGAACAAGACAAGAAAAGUGCUAUUAUCAGAGCAGAGGGAGAAGCUACAAGUGCUCAGCUGAUAGGUCAGGCUAUUGCCAACAACCCUGCAUUUAUCACCCUUAGGAAGAUUGAAGCUGCAAGAGAAAUUGCACAUACAAUCUCAAAUUCUGCCAACAAGGUUUUCCUUAAUUCAGAUGAUUUGCUACUGAACCUUCAAAAGAUGGAGUUGGCAGUUCAUGGGAAGAAGUAGGGCAUCUCUCUGGUGGGCGUUCUUGGUACAUACAGUCAGAGUAUUCUUGAAUCAAUUUCAGUUUACGUCUCUGGCGGAUCUUUCCGGUGCACACUGGUUUGUUGUAUUCAGAUGAUUCUUAAUAAUUUUGAAAUACUCAACAAUGGAGUUGAAUGCUGAUAGAUACUUUGUUGGAUAUGAAACAUAGGACUUUAAUCGAAUCAAACUGAGUUAGUUAAGCAUUUGAUAUCAAACAGAAUUAGGCCAAGUUUGGUUUGAACUUGUAGUAGAAGGAAGCUUCCUUAUGAACAGAACCAGAAAUUCUAGAUUUGGAUAA